UUAACAAAUUCCUCACUCGAAGUCUCCUCACGUACUACCUUAAAUUUAAGUUAAUACUUUCAAGAAAUCCUUUUGCGCAAAUGGCUAUGUACGAGAAAAUUUUGAGCACAGACUGAAUGAGUAGUUAAAAAUUCCAUUCUAAGAACUCCGAAGUAGCGUUGUUUACUCGCCAACUUCUAACUUACUGCGCCUCACGGACUGGAGGAAACGGCGUUCGCCAAAGUCCCCACCUCCUUUCUUCUUGCUCAAAAGCAAGAUUGCUACAGAUUGCUACAGAAAUAGUUAAACGCAUUCUCAACGUCAUCAUGUAAACCUCAAUAACCAAUCAAAAGAUCAUUUUGCUUAAAAAUGAGCCAGUUACUAAGUAAUGCAGCAUAUGGAGGUGCAGGAGAGCGGCUAUUCUUGAAUGAAGAUUUAAGUGAUAUUACAAUCCUGGUGAAAGGCUCUGAUCAUAAGCAAUGGCGCUUCCCAGUACAUUCAUUGUUACUGUCUUCGCAAAGUUUAGUAUUUUGGCGGAUGCUGUCUAGUGACUUUUCAGAGAAAACAAGUCGUCAGGUCAUAAUUGAGGACAUAAAACCUAAGACAGUUGAAUUAUUACUUGGGUACAUCUAUUGUGGUAGAGUUCAUCUUGAAAACUGGAAUUGUGCAAUAGAAUUGUUACGAGCUUCACAUAAAUACCAAGUGGAUCCACUUGUCCAAUACUGUGGAAGAUUUCUGGAAAGUGUCGUUACAGUGUGCAAUGUUUGUUAUAUCUAUAACGAAGCCUGUAUGUAUGCACUUAUGUCCUUAAAAGAAAAAUGUCUAAGGUUAAUCUUAGAUGCAGGCUUUGUUGUAUUACGCAGCAAAGCUUUUGAGAUGCUCAGCAAAGAUUCCGUUAUGGAUAUUGUUACUAAUCCCUGUUUGAAUAUAGGAAGUGAGUUAAUGGUUUUUGAAGCAUUACUUAGAUGGGCACCAAUGCAAUGCUGCAGGAUGGGAAAUCAAGUCACUGAAGCAAACAUUUUACAUGAAUUGGAACCUUUCUUGAAAUAUGUUUGUUUUGAUGACAUGUCAGAUACUGAAAAAAGUGCACUCCCAGCAGCUGUUCUAUCAUGUGUAGAACCUAAUAAUAGAAAUCGGUUACCUUUAUGUGUACCAGACACACUUAUGGCAUAUACUUAUUGCCUAGGUUUCCAGAUUGAUCAAGAAUACACCGAGCUCAUUGCAGAUUCACUCUGCUGUGUACGUUUUUCAUUCGAUACAUCUCUAUAUAUAAUUGGAAUAAAAUUUGUUGUUGCUGUUUCAGAGUUUCCCCAUCAUUUUCCUCUGACUUUAGUAAAGGAAAGUGCUACUGCCUCCAGUAAUAUGUUCACCAUAAAUUUAGCAUCUGCAUCCUGGAAAGAAGGUUUGCAUUUAAAUGAUCGCAAGCGCUACGAGGCUUUAAUUCGUCUGCGCCAGCCUUGCCAUUUAGAAGCUAAAACUGUAUAUAAAAUGUAUUCUGUGGAUAGAACUCAAAAUGCUCAGUGUCCCAAAACCCAACUAUUGAGUAGAACUGUACUAACAGAAUGGGGUCGUGUAAAUAUAUCCCUUCAUUCUCAAAGUAUUUGGGGCAUCACUGGAUUCCAUUUCAUUUGUGAUACGGGUUCCGUUUCCAAAUGAGACCAUUUUCUGUUGAAUUUUUUUUAGCCAUGUUACUGAAAUUUUUCAAAGUUUUCUAUUGUACAUUUUGGUUAUGUAGUUUAUCCUACAGUGUACUCUGAGUGGUAUAUUGUAAACACAAGUACAAAUACUAUGUAUAUUCAAAUUUUGUACAAAUCAUCAUGGCAUGUCAUUUCGCAGUCUGUUUUGUGAGUAAAAUGAAUAUUUUUAUUAGAAUUUGAGAUAUAUCUGUAUAUUUAAUAUUUUUCAUGUAAUCUCAUCUUAUGUUUAUAAAUUGUAUAAAUCCACUUUUGAGGUAUUUGUAAUAUGCCAUGCUGUUUCAGGUAUUAAUAAAUAAUCAUAAAAUUUUAUUUUUGUGUAAAUUGUUUUAAAUACAUUAUUCUAAAAAUGUUUUUAGUUUUAGUUAGUCUAAAAAGAUUUUAUAUUUUUAUAGUUUAUUAUUAUUUCAGUUUAAAGUGUUUAAUAUAUACCAAAUAUAAUUAUUUGGUAUGUGAACUUGCAGUUAAUGUUUUGCUUCAGGAGUAUCUUGUGCAAAAUUAAGCGUAAAUAUGCAAAAACUUUUUGAAAUUUUAAUUUUUAUAUUAAAUCAUCAUCUUUUCACAAA